AUGAUUUUCAACGUCUUGAUUGUUUUCGGCCGCGGCGCGGGCUUCAUCAGUUCGCGGGCCGCGGAGUUCGCUCUCGCGUCGGUGCGUGCGAUAGUGGAGCAGCUGGGGACAGCGCCCGACUGUGUGCUCGUGGGCCGCGUUUUCGGCGGCCUUGGCCCUCUGGGCGCGGUGCUGCUCACAGUCGGGCUGGUGGUCGGCUUCGCCUUCGGGAGCGCCGCCUUGAGGCGCGGAGUGCGGGUGGCCGUCCUGUGGUCCGUGGGCGACCCAUGGCAGAUCCGUCCCGUGCUCGCAGAGGCCGCCGCCAGCGUCGCGAAGCAGGAUCUGGGAGUGGAUCCGACACCAAAUCAGAUGAAGGAGAAGCGAGCGUGGAUGUGCCUCACUCCCGACAGGGACAUCUACGCGCACCUGCUGGACGCGCCGUUCCUCGCGGGGAUCGCGGUCUUCGGGUCGACGGGCGCCGUCGUGGAGGCGCGCGGCAAGACCUACCGGACGUCGAGCAAGACGUACGGCAGCGAGUGGACGCCGGACCCCCUGGAGUUUUCAGACGCCGCGACGGAGGCCGAGCGGGCGGGGGGGCACUCCGCCGCCCGUCGCCUUUGCGGCAAGCAGGCGCUACCAACGGGGGGUCUGGCAGCUGGGGAUUCGACAGCGAUUCCGCUUGAGGUCGUCUUGGAGUUUGACAGCCUCAGGGGCGUGAAGCCGUGCUUCUGGCGGGUGCUCGCGGCUUCGGAGGCGACCUCCACGCACAGGGUGCUGAGCGGCUCGGCGGUGGACUGGGCCCUGGUGACCGUGCUGUGCGCCCUCGCGAUGCGGGGGCCGGAGCUGCUGGCGCUGAAGAAGGUGGCUUCCGCCACGGACGGGAGUUCGGAGUUGGACGCGCCGAGCGAGGAGUGGACAUGCGCGCCAAGGGCUCUAACGCUGAACUUGAUUUUGUAG